UAUAAACAGAUUCCAAAGAACGAUCUUUUGUUUUCUUUUAAGUUAUUUGAUUUCAUUAUUUAUUACUUUCAAAACAUUAACGGAGAAGAAGACAGAGACACACAGAUUCCAUUUCAUGGCUUGUCUUAGGAAGAACACACUCUGUCUUGUUGCAGCUUUACUUCUCAUCUACCAGAAGACAGCUACUUGCGAUUUCCUAUCUCCUCUUCUCGCUCCUGUCUUCGAUAAUGUGUGCAAGGAAAUGGAAUGUGGAAAAGGGAAAUGCAAAGCAUCUUCGAACGCAACUUUUAUGUAUGAAUGUGAGUGUGAAGAUGGUUGGAAGCAGUUUGAUCAUAACCUCAAGUUUCUCCCUUGCGUCAUCCCCAACUGUACCUUUGAUCUAACUUGUGGUGAAGCAGCUCCUCCAACACAACCCAAAACGCCUCCCAAAGACAACAAUACUUCAUUAUUCGACGCUUGUCAAUGGGUGGAUUGUGGAGGAGGGCUUUGCAACAGUACAAUGCCGUUUCAAUACAGCUGCAAUUGCCGUGAAGGUUACGACAAUCUCAUGAACAUAACCACAUUUCCUUGCCUCAAGCAAUGUGCACUUGGAAUGGACUGCUUGAAUCUUGGGAUUCCUGUGUCAAACUCAUCAUCGUCCACUCCACCUGCAUUGCCUGAUAGCAGCAAGAAUCAAGCAGGAUUGAAUCUAAGAGGAUCAUCGCUGUGGUGGAUAACGUCUCUGCUGCUCUGUGUCUCUCUAGCACCAUGGAGGCUGCUCUACGUUUAAUCUCUUUUACAAAAUUUGUGUACAAAAUGCAUUACUUUAGAUGUUGCUGUUGGGUAAUGUACUAUCUAUUAUCAACGUUUAAUUCGAUAAAUUUGAAAGUAUAUCAAUAUC